UUGUAUAUUUUAAAACCUAUCUUCUUAACAAUGAUAAGGUCCUAAAUAGUUUAGGCCAUAGAGGAAAAACUGGUGAGAGGAACUUCACCUCCUCAACAAACCAGAGACCAUAGAAACGACACAUCGUUUCAUACUCCUUUCUUGAUUCUGUUCUUAUUAAAAUUGUUUUUGUACUAAAAAAACAAGAGAAAAAACUUCAAAUACUAAAAGGAUUUUGAUUGAUUGCAGAAAAACACAAACAUGUCUUCUUUAUAUUCAACUUGGGUUACAUCUCUGUCAUGUUCACCUUCUUCAGGUGAUGGUGCUGUAGUAUAUGCAUUACCUCAAUGGCUGAGAUUUGUUUUUCUGUCACCGUGUCCUCAGAGAGCUCUUCUCUCAGCCGUUGAUUUUUUGCUAUUGUUUACUCUAUUAGUCUUUGCCAUCAUAAAGCUUUAUUCUAGGUUUACUUCCAAUGGAAGUACCAACACAGAAGAAAUCAACAAGCCUCUUAUCAGUAACACAAGAGGUUUGAGAACGAGAACAAGAACAACUCUAUGGUUCAACCUAACUCUAAUUGCAACGAUUGUUUUGACUGUGUUGUACACUGUUGCUUGCAUUUUAGUGUUUAGCAGUUCCGGUGUUGAGUCCUCAUGGAAACAACUUGAUGGACUAUUUUGGGUUGUUCAAGUAGUAACUCAAUUAGUCCUUGUGAUCUUGAUCAUCCAUGUCAAAAGAUUUGAAGCUGCUGUUCACCCUUUAUCGCUUCGAGUUUUUUGGGUUGCAAAUUUCGUUGUUGUUUCUUUGUUCGCUGCUUCUGGUGUUACGCGAUUGGUUUCUUUGGAGGGGAGUGAGUCCUUUGGAUUUAUGGUAGAUGAUGUUGUGUCUUUCAUUUCUCUACCUGUUUCGCUUUUUCUGCUUAUUGUUGGUGUUAAAGGUUCCACUGGUGUUGUUAAUUCAAGAGAAGAAACUCAAAGUGUUGUUGAUAAUGAUGAAGAAACAAAACUAUAUGAUCAUGGUUUGGAUAAACCAAGUCUUACUACUGGUUUUGCUUCGGCUUCUCAAUUUUCGAAAACCUUUUGGAUUUGGUUAAACCCUUUGUUGAGUAAAGGGUAUGCUUCGCCGCUUAAUAUCGAUGAAGUUCCGUAUCUUUCUCCACAGCAUAGAGCUGAGAGGAUGUCUGUUAUCUUUGAGUCAAAAUGGCCGAAAUCGGAAGAGAGGUCGAAGUAUCCGGUUAGAACCACGUUGCUUCGGUGUUUCUGGAAAGACAUAAUCUUCACUGCCUUUCUUGCUGUUAUUAGGCUAUCUGUUAUGUUUGUUGGACCGGUUUUAAUUCAAGAUUUUGUUGAUUUCACUGCUGGAAAAGGUAGUUCCGUGUAUGAAGGUUACUAUCUAGUGCUGAUUCUUCUUGUAGCCAAGUUUAUUGAAGUUUUAACAACUCAUCAUUUCAACUUCAACUCUCAGAAACUUGGAAUGCUUAUAAGAUGCACUCUCAUUACUUCUUUAUAUAAAAAGGGGUUGAGGCUAUCUUGUUCUGCAAGACAAGAUCACGGUGUUGGUCCCAUUGUGAAUUACAUGGCUGUUGAUACACAGCAGCUAUCUGAUAUGAUGCUUCAGUUACAUGCGGUUUGGAUGAUGCCGUUUCAAGUUGGUAUUGGUUUGUUUUUGCUUUACAAUUGUCUCGGUGUUUCGGUGAUCACCGCGUUUCUUUGCCUUCUUCUUGUUCUCGUGUUUAUCGUGGUGACAACUCGACAGAACAAAAACUACCAGUUUAAAGCUAUGAUAAGCCGCGAUUCGAGAAUGAAAGCUGUGAAUGAGAUGCUUAAUUACAUGCGUGUUAUCAAGUUUCAGGCAUGGGAAGAGCAUUUCAACAGUAGAAUCUUGAGUUUCCGUCAGUCGGAAUUCGGGUGGCUUUCGAAGUUUAUGUACUCGAUUUGUGGCAAUAUCAUUGUGUUGUGGAGCUCUCCUAUGUUGAUAUCGACUCUCACUUUCGGUACCGCGCUUUUGCUUGGAGUUAAACUUGAUGCAGGAACUGUUUUCACUACAACAACUGUGUUUAAGAUCCUGCAGGAACCUAUUAGGACUUUUCCUCAGUCAAUGAUAUCUCUCUCACAAGCAUUGGUAUCACUUGGGAGGUUGGAUAGGUACAUGUCUAGCAGAGAACUGAAUGAUGAUUCGGUUGAGAGAAAUGUCGGCUGCGAUGGAGAAACUGCCGUCGAUGUUCAAGAUGGUACCUUCAGUUGGGAUGAUGAUGGCUUAGAACAGGACCUGAAAAAUAUUCAUUUGAAGGUUAAUAAAGGCGAACUCACAGCUAUUGUCGGUACGGUAGGAUCUGGAAAGUCUUCCCUGCUUGCAUCAAUUCUUGGCGAAAUGCACAGAAUUUCUGGAAAGGUUCAAGUUUGUGGGAGUACUGCUUAUGUUGCGCAAACGUCUUGGAUUCAAAACGGGACAAUUGAAGAGAAUAUUCUCUUUGGUUUACCAUUGAAUAGACAGAAGUACAAUGAUGUUAUCAGGGUUUGUUGUUUGGAGAAAGAUUUAGAAAUGAUGGAAUAUGGAGAUCAGACUGAGAUUGGAGAGCGCGGCAUCAACCUCAGCGGUGGUCAGAAGCAGCGUAUACAGCUUGCAAGGGCUGUAUACCAAGACUGUGACAUAUAUCUUCUUGAUGAUGUCUUCAGCGCAGUUGAUGCACAUACCGGCACUGAAAUAUUUAAGGAAUGUGUGAGGGGAGCUCUGAAAGGAAAGACCAUAGUUCUUGUAACACACCAAGUAGACUUCUUACAUAAUGUGGAUUGUAUCGUGGUGAUGAGGGAAGGAACAAUAGUCCAAUCAGGUCGGUACAAUAACCUACUUGAUUCUGGAUUGGAUUUCGGUAUCCUGGUAGCAGCACACGAGACUUCUAUGGAACUUGUAGAACAAGGCGCGGCCAUGCCUGGUGAAAAUUCGAAUAAACCGAUGAUAUCUAAGUCAGCGUCUAUUAACAACAGAGAAACCAAUGGUGAAAGUAAUUCUCUUGACCAACCUAAAUCUGCUAAGGGAAGUUCUAAACUUGUCAAAGAAGAAGAAAGAGAAACCGGUAAAGUUAGCUUUAAUAUCUAUAAACUCUACUGCACGGAGGCUUUUGGAUGGGUGGGGAUUUUCGCGGUAUUCUUUCUUUCUUUGUUGUGGCAAGCAUCUAUGAUGGCUAGUGAUUAUUGGUUGGCAUAUGAAACAUCGGUUAAGCGUGCUGAAUUUUUCAAUCCGUCUUUGUUUAUUUCCGUCUAUGCAAUUAUCAGCUUAGUUUCAGUUCUUCUGAUAGUUCUGAGAUCCUACUCGGUUACAGUCUUUGGAUUAAAGACAGCACAGACUUUCUUCAAUCAAAUUCUUAAUAGCAUCUUGCAUGCUCCAAUGUCUUUCUACGACACUACUCCAUCAGGCCGAAUUCUAAGCAGGGCAUCCACUGAUCAGACGAAUGUCGAUAUCUUCAUCCCUUUGUUCAUCAAUUUUGUGGUCGCCAUGUAUAUUACGGUCGUCAGCAUCAUCAUAGUCACAUGCCAAAAUUCAUGGCCGACAGCUUUCUUGCUGAUUCCUCUUGUUUGGUUGAACCUUUGGUACCGGGGUUAUUUUCUUUCUACUUCUCGCGAGUUAACUAGGCUGGAUUCAAUUACAAAAGCACCUGUGAUUGUUCAUUUCUCCGAAAGCAUAUCCGGGGUAAUGACGGUCCGCGCAUUCCGUAAACAGAAGGAGUUUAGUUUAGAAAACAUCAGACGAGUAAAUUCUAACUUGCGAAUGGAUUUCCACAACUUCAGUGCCAAUGCUUGGUUGGGUUUCCGCUUAGAAUUGCUUGGAAGCUUGAUUUUCUGCAUGUCUGCUUUGUUCAUGAUUAUAUUACCUAGCAGUAUAAUAAAGCCAGAAAACGUUGGUUUAUCUCUCUCCUAUGGAUUGUCGUUGAAUUCGGUGAUGUUCUGGGCCAUAUACAUGAGUUGUUUCAUUGAAAACAAAAUGGUGUCUGUUGAGAGGAUAAAACAGUUCUCAAAUAUUCCAUCAGAAGCAGCGUGGAACAUUAAGGAUCGCUCGCCUCCUCCAAAUUGGCCCGGUCAAGGCCAUGUUGAUAUCAAAGACUUGCAGGUCAGAUAUCGUCCGAACACUCCUUUGGUUCUUAAAGGCAUUACUUUAAGCAUUAAUGGAGGAGAAAAGGUUGGUGUUGUUGGUCGAACGGGGAGUGGAAAAUCAACUUUAAUUCAAGUUUUCUUCAGGCUGGUGGAACCCAGCGGAGGCAAAAUAAUCAUCGAUGGCAUUGACAUAUCCGCCUUAGGACUUCAUGAUCUCAGAUCUCGAUUUGGUAUCAUCCCUCAGGAGCCUGUCCUUUUCGAAGGUACCGUUAGAAGUAACAUUGAUCCAACUGGACAGUAUACAGAUGAUGAGAUAUGGAAGAGUUUGGAGCGCUGUCAACUGAAAGACUCGGUAGCUUCAAAGCCUGAGAAACUCGACUCAUUAGUGGUUGACAACGGAGAUAACUGGAGUGUGGGGCAGAGGCAGUUGCUUUGUUUAGGGAGAGUCAUGCUUAAGCAAAGCAGGCUGUUAUUCAUGGACGAGGCUACAGCUUCUGUCGAUUCUCAAACCGACACUGUAAUUCAGAAGAUCAUCAGAGAGGACUUUGCAGCGCGUACCAUCAUCAGCAUUGCUCAUAGAAUACCAACAGUGAUGGACUGUGAUCGAGUGUUAGUUGUAGAUGCAGGGCGUGUGAAAGAAUUCGACACACCUACGAACUUGCUCCAGAGGCAAUCGUUGUUUGCAGCAUUGGUUCAAGAGUAUGCCAACCGCUCUACUGGACUAUAACAAAACUUCAGCUUCUCUCUAUAUCUGUUAGCUUCUCCGGCAUCCAUAUUUAUAGCUAGAAAAUAACAAAAACAGAAAACAUGUUCAUCAAAGCGAAGCUUUUUGAUUAAUAUUACAAGCAUGUUGCAUGGAGAGGCUCAAUUCAGCUACCAUUACAUAAUCAUUUUAAGAUGAGCUGAUUUGUUGCUGGUGUAUUUUGACCAUGAAUUAGUGUUAGUAGUAAGAAAAUGUAGCGAUUCUAGGCUCUGAUUAGUAAUAUACUACACCAAAGUGUAAUGACUUAUAAUAAGUUGCAUGUUUUCCUUUGCAUUAUAGUAUUGAAUAAUUUGAAAUUACUCCUAUGAGAUUUGGCCAA